AGACGCCUAAGGGGGCGGGGCGCCAAAGAGAAGGAGGAGGGAAGUAGGACCUCAACAUGGCGACCGUAGUACUGGCGGCGGCUACGGUGACGGCCUGGCCUGGGGCUGGUAGAAUUGGAAGAGUGGGCGUUCGCUCUCCCUAGGGGCUUCUGGAACUCCGCGGGGACAGAGCCUCGGAGGCCGUCCAGCGCCAGCACCUUUCAGCUUUGGGGACGGCAACGGCGUUGAGGUUCUAAAUGGCUUCUAAGAAGUUGGGUACAGAUUUCCAUGGGACUUUCAGUUACCUUGAUGAUGUCCCAUUUAAGAUAGGAGACAAAUUCAAAACACCAGCUAAAGUUGGUCUACCUAUUGGCUUCUCCUUGCCUGAUUGUUUGCAGGUUGUCAGAGAAGUGCAGUAUGACUUCUCCUUGGAAAAGAAAACCAUUGAGUGGGCUGAAGACAUUAAGAAAAUCCAAGAAGCCCAGCAAGAAGCAGAGCGUAAGGCCGAGGAAGCAGAAGCUAAAGUGAACUCUAAGAGUGGCCCAGAGGGCGAUAGCAAAAUGAGCUUCCCCAAGACUCACAGUGCAGCCACAAAGCCACCUCCUAUUAAUCCCAUCCUCGCCAGCUUGCAGCACAACAGCAUCCUCACUCCAACUCGGGUCAGCAGUAGUGCCACAAAACAGAAAGUUCUCAGCCCACCCCACACAAAGGCAGAUUUCAAUCCUGCUGACUUUGAGUGCGAAGAGGACCCAUUUGAAAAUCUGGAGUUAAAAACUAUUGAUGAGAAGGAAGAGCUGAGAAACAUUCUGGUAGGAACCACUGGACCUAUUAUGGCCCAGAUAUUGGACAAUAACUUGCCUAGAGGAGGCUCUGGGUCUGUGUUACAGGAUGAAGAGGUGUUGGCAUCUUUGGAGCGGGCAACCUUAGAUUUCAAGCCUCUUCAUAAACCCAAUGGCUUUAUAACGUUACCACAGUUGGGCAACUGUGAAAAGAUAUCGCUGUCUUCCAAAGUGUCCCUACCCCCAAUCCCUGCAGUAAGCAAUAUCAAAUCUCUGUCCUUCCCCAAACUUGACUCUGAUGACAGCAGUCAGACGACAGUCAAACUGGCCAGCACUUUCCAUAGCACAUCCUGCCUCCGCAGCGGCACAUCCUGGAAUUCCCUAAAGCCUUCUACCCAAAGCAGUGCCAGUGAGCUCAAUGGGGACCAUACUCUUGGGCUUUCAGCUUUGAACUUGGACAGUGGCACAGAAGUGCCAACCCUGACAUCCUCCCAGAUGCCUUCCCUGUCUGUCUUGUCUAUGUACACAGAAGAAUCAUCACCUCCAAAUACUGGUUCCACAGUCACUCCUCCAAAUUUCUCAGUGUCACAAGUGCCCAACAUGCCCAGCUGUCCCCAAGCCUAUUCUGAAUUGCAGACACUGUCUCCCAGUGAGCGGCAGUGUGUGGAGACAGUGGUCAACAUGGGCUACUCAUAUGAGUGUGUUCUGAGAGCCAUGAAGAAGAAAGGAGAGAAUAUUGAACAGAUUCUUGACUAUCUCUUUGCACAUGGACAGCUUUGCGAGAAGGGCUUCGACCCUCUUUUAGUGGAAGAGGCUCUGGAAAUGCACCAGUGUUCAGAAGAAAAGAUGAUGGAGUUUCUUCAAUUAAUGAGCAAAUUUAAGGAAAUGGGCUUUGAACUAAAAGACAUUAAGGAAGUUUUGCUAUUACACAACAAUGACCAGGACAAUGCUUUGGAAGACCUCAUGGCCCGUGCUGGAGCCAGCUGAGACCUGGCCCUGCGUAGGCUCUGCCACGGAAUCACCAUCCCUCAGGAGGCCUUGCAGAGCCCAUCUGUGGGAAGGAAAGGGGGCUCGCUUCUGGAUUUUCUUUUGGGGUUUGGUCAGAUGUAGAGACUGGGUUUGUCAGUCUCUGAGCCUAGACCAUGACCUGGGGAGGAAUUGGGAGAUAUUUGGGCAUGUGAGCCCCAGACCUGUCCUGGCUCCUUCCAUAUUAAAUGCGUUUGUAUUUUGAAAAGUGUCCUUCCCACCUUGGCCUUGCAGAAAGAAUACUUGGGUCUUUCUGGGGUCUCUGUGUCCUCAGUCAAAACCUGGCCUGGUUGCCAGGAGGAGUGGGGAGAAGGGGGGAGGACCAGAUUUAGUGCUGCUCUGGGGCUAGAUGCUUCCCGCUCUUACCUGCACGGGUAGGUUGAACUCUUAAUUCAAGUUGAAUGCAAGUGAAAGGUUCUUCCAGGGUUUUAUCUUUUCCCCUUUUAAAGUCACUUAGUGUUACACUGGUUCUGCGAUGUCUCUGAGGUGCAAAGAAUGAACUUGGGGCCAAUUUGCCUCUUCUUUUAGGCAGUCCCCAUGCUUCCUAAGCCAACCUGUUUCUUUCAUCUUGAUUUGGACUACAGUUCUUUGCUGCCCAGGGCUCUAGAGCUCCAGUUCUAGGAAACUUGUCUGUCUAAAUCAUCACUGGUCCUUUCCCAGGAUGUUGAACAGGUGAGAAAAUAGGCCACAACAUAGUUGCCCAGCACUAACCCCCCUGUUCUCUUUGAACAGCCUCCUUAAGCCCUGCUUUAGGAUGACACAAUGAGUAACACCUAGGCAUAGAAAUCCAUCUCUUUGGUUUGUUUUGUAUUAUGUUGUACAUCAUUAAAGAUCUAAAUACAAAGGA